AGGGGCCUGGCAUCCACCAUAUGGGGGACCCAGGCCGGACUCUGGGACACCGCGGAGGGAGCGCUCACGUGGGAACCGCGGGCCGCAUCGCUCGCACGCUGCUCUCCGGAGCACGGCGCUAUGGGAGCAACUCUCACUGGACUGAGCUUGUCAGCAGCAUCUUUUGCUGACCGUCAGCCUUGAAGUCCUCGAAGAAUUCCUGACCGAUCACACUCUUCUUGCCCUGCCUUGAGAUCGCCUCUGUGUCGGGUCCUCAGCCCCAGUGGCUGCCCAAUCCAACGAAGGAGCGGGACCAUGAUACUGACUUUGAUGCUGGGCUGCAGUCCUCGGGGCGGGCCUUCACUUCGACCCCUCUUGGGGACCUCACUGUCACUCCGGGCCCGCUCAACAUCAGCUACGGACACCCACCAUGUGGAGCUGGCACGAGAGCGCUCCAAGACUGUCACUUCCUUUUACAACCAAUCUGCCAUCGACGUGGCUGCAGAGAAGCCUUCAGUCCGCCUUACUCCCACCAUGAUGCUAUAUUCAGGCCGCUCACAGGACGGCAGCCACCUUCUGAAAAGUGGUCGCUAUCUGCAGCAGGAGCUGCCAGUGAGGAUCGCUCACCGCAUCAAGGGCUUCCGUAGCCUUCCUUUCAUUAUUGGUUGCAACCCUACCAUACUACAUGUGCAUGAGCUAUACAUUCGGGCCUUCCAGAAGCUUACAGACUUCCCACCGAUAAAAGACCAGGCAGAUGAAGCCCAGUAUUGCCAGCUGGUGCGACAGCUGCUAGAUGACCACAAGGAUGUUGUGACCCUCCUAGCUGAGGGCCUUCGUGAAAGCCGGAAGCACAUACAGGAUGAAAAGCUUGUUCGUUACUUUUUGGACAAGACGCUGACUUCAAGGCUUGGUAUCCGCAUGUUGGCCACUCACCACCUGGCACUGCAUGAGGAUAAGCCUGACUUUGUUGGCAUCAUCUGCACUCGUCUCUCACCAAAGAAGAUUAUUGAGAAAUGGGUGGAUUUUGCCAGACGCCUGUGUGAACACAAGUAUGGCAAUGCUCCCCGUGUUCGCAUCAAUGGACAUGUGGCUGCCCGCUUCCCCUUCAUCCCUAUGCCACUAGACUACAUUCUUCCUGAGCUGCUCAAGAAUGCCAUGAGAGCCACAAUGGAGAGUCAUCUAGAUACUCCCUACAAUGUUCCAGAUGUGGUUAUCACCAUCGCCAACAAUGAUAUUGAUCUGGUCAUCAGGAUUUCAGACCGGGGUGGAGGAAUUGCUCAUAAAGACUUGGAUCGUGUCAUGGAUUACCACUUCACCACAGCUGAGUCCAGCACCCAGGACCCCCGGAUCAGCCCACUUUUUGGCCACCUGGAUAUGCACAGUAGCAGCCAGUCAGGACCCAUGCAUGGUUUUGGCUUCGGGUUGCCCACAUCGCGGGCCUAUGCGGAGUACCUCGGUGGCUCCCUGCAGCUGCAGUCCCUGCAGGGCAUUGGUACAGACGUCUAUCUGCGGCUCCGCCACAUCGAUGGCCGGGAGGAAAGCUUCCGAAUCUGACUCCAUGGCUUUGGCCUGCUUGUCUGCUGUACCUCCUGCCAGGACCAUCUGGGGCCAGCAGGAUGCCACUCUGUUCCAAUCACUACUGCAUCUUGGGUCUUAGGGCCCCAGACAGAUGGACUUACAUGGAGCUGGGCACCACUCCUCCUUAGAAGGGCCCAUUGCUUCCUUACCUCCAGGCCUUGGAGGGAAGGAAGCUGGGGCCUCUGAGGCCUCUAGCUUCAGCUCCUCUGUCCUCAGUCCUGGGGAACUCCUACUCUGACCUGCUGUUUAUUAUUAAAGUUUGCAUUUUGAAUGCC